UCCUUUCCCGUCUCGGCCCCGCCCACCGCCGGCACCAUCGUUUCCGGCUCAGCCCAGAAACGGACGGAUAUCUCGGAAAGCUUCUGGCCUCGUUUUCUCUGGUCUUUCCUAUCUCCGGCGUUUCUGCCGCUUAUUCGGUCACUGGGGCAGGUUGUUACCAAUAAAGUUUUACUUUUCAAAGCCGGGCGGAUUGGGCCGUGCCCAUUUCCGUCCCCUGGCUCGUUGCCCGCAGUGCCUCUUGGCUACAGAUAACCUUUUGGGCGUCAUGGACAGGGGCCGCCGCGGCCGGGUGGGUAUGAGGCCGCCUUUCGCUGCUCGCGCGCUCCCGUGGCUCCUGGGCCAACCGGCGUCCGCCUCAGCCUGAGUGCAGCUCCUCCGCGCCCACGGGCCGUCUCGCGCCGGACCCAUGGCCUCCGAGGCGCCGUCGCCUUCGUUGUCGCCGUCGCCGCCUCCCUCUCCCGAGCCAGAGCUGGCCCAGCUGAGGCGGAAGGUGGAGAAGUUGGAACGCGAGCUGCGGAGCUGCAAGCGGCAAGUGAGGGAGAUCGAGAAGCUGUUGCAUCACACAGAACGGCUGUACCAGAGCGCCGAGAGCAAUAACCAGGAGCUCCGCACCCAGGUAGAAGAGCUCAGUAAAAUACUCCAUUGUGGGAGAAACGAAGAUAAUAAUAAGUCUGAUGUGGAAGUACAAACAGAGAACCACCCUCCUUGGUCAAUCUCAGAUUAUUAUUAUCAGACAUACUAUAAUGAUGUUAAUCUUCCAAAUAAAGCAUCUGAACCCUCAGUUCAGGAAGAUCAGGAUAUCGAAGCUUCUACUUUUAAUUCUAAAGACCAGGCACAUGUAGAAAAUGAUGCUUAUGCUGGUACUGAUGUAACAGAAAGUGUCAAAUGUGGACAAGAGGACCAUUUUGUCUCAAAUUCACAGGAGCCAGCAUCUGUGUUGGCAACAGAAGAUACAUCCUUGGAAGGUUCAUCAUUAGCUGAGAGUUUGAGAGCUGCAGCAGAAGCUGCUGUAUCACAGACAGGAUUUAGUUACGAUGAGAAUACUGGAUUGUAUUUUGAUCACAGCACUGGAUUUUAUUAUGACUCUGAAAAUCAACUCUAUUAUGAUCCCUCCACUGGAAUUUAUUACUACUGUGAUGUGGAAAGUGGUCGAUAUCAGUUUCAUUCUCGUGUAGAUUUGCAACCUUAUCAAACUUCUGGCACAAAACAAAGUAAAGAUAAAAAACUGAAGAAGAAAAGAAAAGAUCCAGAUUCUUCUACAACAAAUGAGGAAAAGAAUUUGAAUUCAGAAGAUCAGAAAACAUCCAAUAUUGAACAAAUAAACUGCAGUGAGGGAGAAGAUUUUGCAAAUGUGAAAAAGAAGGCCAAAAUAGACAUUCAUUACAAAAGUAGUCCCCCCAAAUUGACUGUUCCAGUUAGCGCAAAGACUGUAGAAUCUCCUCUUAAUGAAAACAUUUACAAUUCGGCUUCAUUUAAAGAUGAGAAAAUCACAGAGACUGAUAGUGAGCCAGAGGAAGGUGAAAUUACAGACUCUCAGACUGAGGACAGUUAUGAUGAGGACAUUACCAGUGAAGACAGUGUAACUGCAGAAGAUACUGAAGAUGAAGAUGAAGAAAAAAUUUGGCCCCCAUGUAUUAGAGUAAUUGUUAUUAGAUCACCUGUGUUGCAGACAGGAUCACUUUUUAUCAUUACAGCUGUAAACCCUGCUACGAUUGGAAGAGAAAAAGAUAUGGAGCAUACUCUUCGAAUCCCUGAAGUCGGUGUCAGUAAGUUUCAUGCAGAAAUUUAUUUUGACCAUGACUUACAAAGUUAUGUCCUUGUGGAUCAAGGCAGUCAGAAUGGUACAGUUGUUAAUGGAAAACAGAUUCUUCAGCCCAAAACCAAAUGUGACCCUUACGUACUUGAGCAUGGAGAUGAAGUGAAGAUUGGAGAGACUGUGUUGUCCUUUCACAUUCACCCUGGCAGUGACACCUGUGAUGGCUGUGAGCCAGGGCAGGUUAGAGCCCACCUUCGUCUUGAUAAGAAAGACGAACCCUUUGUUGGUCCAGCACUAAGUAAGGAGGAAAAAGAGUUGGAAAGGAGAAAAGAAUUAAAGAAAAUACGAGUAAAAUAUGGUUUGCAGAAUACAGACUAUGAAGAUGAAAAGGCAUUGAAGAAUCCAAAAUAUAAAGAUAGAGCUGGAAAACGUAGGGAGCAGGUUGGAAGUGAAGGAACUUUCCAAAGAGAUGAUGCUCCUGCAUCUGUUCAUUUUGAAAUUACUGAUAGCAACAAAGGUCGGAAGAUGUUGGAGAAGAUGGGUUGGAAGAAAGGAGAGGGCCUAGGGAAGGAUGGUGGAGGAAUGAAAACUCCGAUCCAGCUUCAACUUCGGCGAACACAUGCAGGCUUGGGGACAGGCACACCAUCCUCAAUUGAAGAUGUUCACCUUCUCCAAAGCAAGAACAAAAAGAACUGGGAGAAAGCACGAGAGAGGUUUGCUGAAAACUUCCCAGAAACUAAAUCUCAAAAAGAUGUGUCAGGGACCGUGCCGUGGGUCAAAGGGACUGUAGAGUGAAAGUCAGUUGUAGAACACAAUGAAGCUUUUUUAUAGAGUUUGGAAACUCUUGUUUUAUUGCAGAAAUUUUUCCUCCGUAAGAGUCGGUUGCAUGAGGGAACUGUGUCAUAAUGUACCCCCUCAUGGUUCAGAAAUGUGUAGUAAAGUGUGGUUUGCAGCUUUUUUAAAAAACAUUUUUACAAACUAAUAAAUAGUCACUGAAUCAAGUUAUGCUGUGAGUGGACUAAAGUUCACAGAGCACGGAUGAGCUUAUCAAACUUUGCUAUUUUAUUUUGUCAUUUGCAAGACCCAUACAAGCAACUAGCCAUGUAAGCAAAAUUCAUGUAACCACUAAUGACUUCAAUGUACAUUUUUCCUUGUCUCCUUUUAUUCAUUAUUGUAAGAUGCAUAACAAAAGAAACAUCAAAAGUUUAUAAAAACAGUUCUAACUAUAUGCAUCCUUCUUUGUGCCCUUUAGAAUAGACAAUGUUGAGAAAACAUGGGUAGUGUAUAAAUUUUAUUAUUUUUGAGGUAACCUAAGUAAUGUUGGAGAACUAAUGAACAGGUGACAUGUAGAAAAUUAGUCUUUCAUUGUUUUCUUCUGUGAAGAAUCUGUGAAUUUGUACUAUAUAUUAAGCAUUUGCAUUUGGUUUGUUUCAUAGCUGAUAUAUUUAGAUAUGAACAAUUGAGUACAGUAUUGAAAUAUUCAAUGUGCUAGCAUUUGUAGUUUUGAUAAAUCCUGUUGCUGGCAAUGGAGUUGUGCCAGAGAAAUCUGAUUUCUACUGCAAAAGGAUUACCUAGCCAAAGCCUCAAACUCAAGAUUUGUUUAAAAAUGUCUUCAAAUGCAAUAAAAACCUCAUAACAUCAAAAAGUGAUUCCUUGAACCAGAAUUUAAACAUAUUGGUCUGCUUUGAACUCAUGACCAGCCAGAAUUUUCCUCUUGAAAUUGGCAGCACAAUAAUGAAAGCGUAACCCUAGAUUUUUGGAGACUGCAGUGCAGCUUUCUGAGUGCAGGUGUCACUGCUCUGCCAGUUAUUGCUGUUUUCUAUUCAACAUUUCUCUCAGCUUUUGGCUGGGAAGUCAGUAUUGGAACUGAUCUUUUCUUACCAGUGAAUAUAAACUCUAGCUCCUUCAUCUACUAUAGAGGAAUAUCUUUAGGAUAUAGAAAUAGGAAAGAAAAAUUCUGGGAAAAAAAUUGUACAAUAGGGGAGAUAAUUCAGAAAGAAAGGCUACUUGUUGGAAUUUCUAGUCUAAAUAGUACAGGGUACUCAGGAAGAAAGAGGGACGUGGAAAGAAAACUAAAUGUGUUACUAAAGGUGAGAUAUAUGACCAAACAAUGGUUAAGGCACUAUAGGCCUAAAAUGGAAUAAUUGAGUCCUAUAAUUCCGAAUCUGGGUUAAGUAUUUUUCUGUAUCCUUCCUGGCCACCUGUAUAUUCUGAAAUAGGCACAUUAGUCUUGGAAGCAAUAGGAGUGUCCUGAGUAAUUUUCUCUAAAGUAGAAAAAUUAUGCAUCUAACUGUGGUUUUGGUACUGGUGCCCUGUAUAUAGGUAGCAAUAUAGGACCUUCAGAGUAAACUUGCUUCUGGUAGAUCUCACUCAUUGGAUUAGCGUACAACUGUCUAUAUAAUAGUUCUCAUUUUUAUUAUUAGAUUGUGGAAAACUUUUGCAUUAUUUUCUUUUGUUAAGAAAAUGGAAACUUGAAAAUGGUGAUAAAAAUUGAAAUAUAUGUGAUAUUUGCAUUAUUAAAACCCUUGGCAGAUCUCAAGUCUCAGGGCUAUACUAUAUACUGGUUAAAGCACUGAAUAAUGUCUGGUUUUCUUUCUACCUGUGAAAUGAGAAUAAUAUUUAUCUCAUAUGUUUGUCUUGAAUAGAAAAUGAGACAAUGUAUAUAAAAGCACUUUGUUAACUAUAAAGGUAGUACAAGUGUGAGCUUCUAUUUGUUUAGAAGCAUAAAUGUGGAUUAUGUACAAUUUGAAUUACACAUAAAUUUGUUUUGUGUCUAAUAUUUUAAAUUAUAGUUUAUUCACAUAGUAUAUAUACUCUUACUAAUUUAAUAGCUUUUGUGGGUUUUUUGGGGGUGGGGUGGUGGUUACACUUGAAGCACAUGGAAGUUCCCUUGCCUAGGGCUUAAAAUCAGAGCUUGCAGCUGCCAGGCACAGCCACAGCAAGGCCAGAUCCGAGCUGCGUCUGCAAUCUACACUGCAGCUCAUGGUGACACCGGAUCCUUACCCACUGAGGGAGGCCAGGGAUGGAACCCACAUCCUCAUGGAUACUAGUUGGGUGUGUAACCUGCUGAGCCACAGUGGGAACUCCAUUUAUGGGUAUUUUUUUUUUAAUUAUCUUUUAUUAGUAACUAGAUCGUAAACAAGUCACCCAACAUCCACAAAUAGCUGUUCCAUCUCUUUCCUUUUUUUUUUUUUUUUGACUUUUUGCCAUUCCUUGGGCCGCUCCUGUGGCAUAUGGAGGUUCCCAGGCUAGGGGUCUAAUCGGAGCUGUAGUCACCAGCCUAUGCCAGAGCCACAGCAGCGCAGGAUCCGAGCCACGUCUGCGACCUACACCACAGCUCACGGCAAUGCCAGAUUGUUAACCCACUGAGCAAGGGCAGGGAUCGAACCCGCAACCUCAUGGUUCCUAGUCGGAUUCGUUAACCACUGCGCCACAAUGGGAACUCCGGUGUUUUUUUGGUUUUUUUUUUUUUGUUGUUGUUGUUGUUGUUGCUAUUUCUUGGGCCGCUCCCGCGGCAUAUGGAGGUUCCCAGGCUAGGGGUUGAAUCGGAGCUGUAGCCACCGGCCUACACCAGAGCCACAGCAACAUGUGAUCCGAGCCGCGUCUGCAACCUAUACCACAGCUCUCGGCAACGCCGGAUCGUUAACCCACUGAGCAAGGGCAGGGACCGAACCCGCAACCUCAUGGUUCCCAGUCGGAUUCGUUAACCACUGUGCCACGACGGGAACUCCCGGUAUUUUUUUUUUUUAAGUGGAAUUACAAGUCACUGAAUUUGAGAAAUCCAACAUCUUACAUCUUGUCAAAACAUGAGAAGCUGCCAAAAUUUCAGAACAGAAGAAAUCAUCACCAUGAGAAUAAAAUAACAGAAAUUGUUUUCUAGAAUUAGUUAGGAAGCACUUUUUCUCAGAAAGGGGGUAUUUUUUUUUUCUGCUUUAAAUUUUACUUCUGAUUUUUCAUUUAUUCUAGUUGUGAAUUUAUGAGAAGUUAUGGUUCACCUGAUUCAAACACCCUCCUGCUUUUCAUGUGAAAGAUUAUUUCUUAAUUUUCAAAGAGCAGGCAAGUGAAGAUAGAAAUUACCCACAAGGGGAAGUAAGGGGUGUCAGAGAUUGUGUACAGAUGCCGUCCUGUCAAGUGGUGAGACGGGUGUGUUUAGUCGGGAUCUGGAAGGCAUUUCUGGACCCAGCACCUAAGAGUGUCCUUAGGAACAGCUGCAGGUGUUUUCCCCAUUGUGGUGUUUAGGUGUGCUUCUUAUUUUUGCAGGGCAUUACUUAUAUCUCUGCCUUGAGUCUUUGAUCUAAAACGUUUCAUUUUACUUUUUCAGGCGUCGAAGUGGAAAUUUGGAUUCUUUAAAAUGAGUUGGCGUUUAUGUGUGUGUCUGUGUGCAUCAGGGCCCAGGCUUUCUCUUUGCUUUUAUGCUUUACUAUUCCUAGUGCUGGCUUAUGGCCUUGUGGUUGCAAAACGACUUUUGGAACUCUAGUCAUCAUUUUCCUGUCCAAAGCAGGAAGAAGGGGAGCGAGAGCAGCGUUCACCUUGUUCUGUUUUAUCAGGAAAGCAAACACUUACUCAGAAUUCUCAAAACAGACUUCUCCUUAGGGUCAUUAGCCAGAACCUGGUAACAUGACUGCCCACAGCAGCAAGUGAGAUCGAAAAGAUGGGCAACAGGAUGGUCUAGGUUGGCUUAAGCCAAUCAAUCAUGAACCAUCACUUAGGGCUGAGCAUGUUGCUGUUGGAACAAAAACCAGGGUUCAGUGAUCAAGGCAGAAGGGGGACAGUGGCUAUCGAAUGGGCAGGUAACUGCCAGAUAAUCCAACUGUCCAUCAGUGAGGGCUGGGAGUUGAUUAAAUUGUGAAGCAGUCCUACUGUGUCAUACUUUGUAGCCAUUCAGGUGAGUAAGGUAGAACUGUGUACCAUGGUAGAGAAGAAUAUUCUUAUUACAUUAUGGAUUUAAAAUAGCUUGUAGAAAAGUAUGUAUAGCAUGAUCCCAUUUAAAAAAUAUAUCAGGGUACAUAUCAAAUUGUUAAUAUUAAUUACCCAAGGAGUGAGUAGACUUUCACUUUUCAUUAUUUCUAUAUUUGAACUUUUAAUACAUGUAAAACUGUGCAGUUAACUAUGUGUAUUCAUACGCAUUUAUAACACCAGGAAGUAGAGAGGCCUUCAGGGCUCAACCCCAGGUAUUUUCCCUCACACUUAUGUGCCCAAUUUCAUUUACCAGUUAUACUCCAUGGCUUCCAGGUUGUCUUAGCCAGCAUACAUAACCAACUCAGAGUCCCCUUAAGUGUAGCUUAUCCAAGAGUGAACCCAGAGUCUUCUCCAAACCCAGUCUCUUCCAGUCUGUUCUCUCGGCUGGCAGCACCAUCUUCCCAAUUAUGCAAGCCAGAACCUAGAAGUCAGGCUCUGUUUCAUGACCACCAUCCCCUCUCCUCAUCCCCGUAGUUUCCAAUACAUUAAAUCACUUCACUGUCACUACUCACCUGGAUUAUUCUACUAGCUUCCUAACUGGUUUCCCUGCGGUCACUCCUUCCCUCCAGUCCAUCCUCCACUUUGCAGACAUAGUGUCUUCACAACUAUUUCAUCAUCUCCUGUUUAAAUCCUCCCAGGGCUUCCUGUAACUCUGAGGAUGGAAAGCAAAAUUCUAGCCCACAAGACCCCACCUGGUCUAGCCACUGCCAGCCUUUCCAGCCCUGUCUUGCAUUGCCCUCCCACUCAGUCUUGGGGCUCCAGCACACUGGUGUUUUUUUCAGUUCCUAAAACAUGCCAUGACCUUUCUCAUCCCAGGGCAGCCUGUCUUGUUGUGUCUGGAACUCUCUUUCUAUACCCUCUUACCUAGUUAAUGCUGACAUAUUCUUUAGAUCUCUGCUAAUUGGCUCUUCUUCAGGGAUGUCUUCCUUGUCUCUCCAGACUAAUUGCCUUUGGUACGUGUUCUUGAAAAUCCGUAUUUGUUCCAUGUAAACUAGUUAUUUUGAAUCACAGUUAAAUAUUAAUUAGUAUGAUUCAUGUAAUACUUGUCUGUCUAGAUUCUUAAAUACCAUGUAAGUAAGAUUUUCUUUUUUCUCACAAGUACAUUCCUGGUACCCAGUAGCAUACACUUACAGGCAGAGCAAUGGAAGAGUAAUAUGGGUUUGGGGAGGCUUGAUAAUGGAUGGAGUUUGAUGUGACUGAGGAAACGUGGAAGGAACUGAGGCUGCAAAAGGAGGUAAAACAAAGUCAAACCAUUCUGACCAUGAUCUAUGUUAAGAAAUACAAUUUAUAUUUUGUAUGUGUAGCUCCGUAUGUGAAUGUCUGUGUGUACAUGUAUAACAGGUUCUAUAUCCCAAUACUUAGCCAUUCGUUCAUGUAGUGCAAUUUUAUUUUUGUUUUCCAAAUCACCAAUUCCAACCAUGAAAUUGAUGUCAUAAUUCACUAAUGGGAUGUGCACUAGAAAAACACUGAUCUAAAGUUUGGUUUUCAAGUUGUUUAACAGAAACUGUGGUUUGAUUCUUUUCUUCCCAGUUGGAUAGUUAAGAGCACUGGCUGAAGAGUCUGACUUGGAUUCAGAUCAUAACUCCACCACUCCUGAGCUGAGUGAGUGACAUGUAAAAAUUCAUUUAAACCCAUCUUAAUGUGUUCAUGGGGUUAUUGGGAAAUUGAAAUGAGAGAAGGCCUGUGUGGCACUGAGCACAGUGUCUAGUCUACAGCAAGCCCACAGAUAGUAGCAGCUGUCGCUAGAAUUAUGUGUGCUGUCCAUACCAAGGGCACAGUUGUAGGAGUAGAAUUUGGAAGUGGAGGUGGUUAUUGAAGUCUAAGGAGAAUGAUGGAUGAGGCGAGUCAGUGGAUGGGCUAUCUUUAGUCCCAAAUGUGGACAAUUCUGAAUCAGGAGCUGGGUUUCUUAAUGAAUAUUGGAGAAUGUACAGGUGACUGGUGGACCAUAGACAGUGAGAAAGGGUAGAAGGUAUUGUGGGUGACUCUUUGAGGUCAUCCUCAAAGAAGUGUAUCUGUACCACUUUGGAAAUGAAGCCAUUGGAGAAAAUGACAGGGAGAUGUUACAGGCCACUCUGGCUCUCAGUGUCUCUGGGAGCAGGGGAGCUACAGAGAGACCUCAAAGAAGAGUUAAAUUUCAGAUGUUUUUACUCAAGAAUCCUUCAGCAGCAUGCAUUCAUUCAGCAGAUAGCCUCCAGGCAUAUAGUAUAGGCCAGGCACUAUUCUAGGCACUCAGAAACAGCAGUAAACAAGCUGGGUAAGAUUUGCUGCAGUCUUGUUGCUUAAAUUUAUUUUUAGAUAGUAUUUGCUAGAAUGCAAAGGCCAAGCAAACACAUGAAAGUCUUAAUAAUUCCAAAAAGAGUAUUAAUCCAAAAUAGUUUCAUUUCAAAUUUUUUUCAAAAGCCAAAGUUUUGGGGGUGGAGAGAGAAGGAGCAGUUUGUUGUUUUGAUGUUUUCAGAUCUGUCUCUAAAGUAGACCUUUUUAGGGGAAUCUUGUAAUCUCCACCCUCAAAAUAUUUGAGGAAGGUUGUUUUUGUUUUGUUUGUUUUGGGGGUUUUUUAUAUGUCUUUUAGGGCCGCACUUGGGGCAAUAUGGAAGUUCCCAGGCUAGGGGUUGAACCGGAGCCGCAACUGCCGGCCUACACCACAACCACAGCAACGCAGGACCGGAGCCACGUCUGCAACCUACACCACAGUUCACGGCAACGACAGAUCCUUAACCCACUGAACAAGGCCUGGGAUGGAACCCAUGUCCUCAUGGAUGUUAGUCAGAUUUGUUACCACUGAGACACGAAGGUAACUCCUGCCUUCAAAAUAUUUUAGACAUGUUUUUGAGGGUUUUGGAUAAUGUAGACAACAGUAGAACUUUACUCAGGCUUCAUUCAGCCCCUUGUUUAAUUUUGUAUUUCCUCUCAUUACGUUAUAGUAACUCUAGCUGUUCAGAUAUUGGGGUUUUGUGGUUCUAAGCCUGAACAAUAGAGCAUGGAACCACCAAAA